AGCUACCCCGCCCCCGCCGCCUGCUCCAAUGGGGGCCUUUCGUCACCACUUCUGCCAGGUAAGGUAUCCGUAUUGCUGCUGCUGGGCCACCUGUAUCGCAUAUCCUCCAGACAAAGCUCCAUGAAGCUCCCCUCGAACGUGUUAUUAAACCUGACUCGACGCCCAAUCUUUGCGCCGUCUCUAUUCCCACUCAUCUCAUCCUCAAGUCCGACGAUAUCGCUCACCAGCAGAAACACUGCCCGCCUCCAACGCAGCCUAAGCACCACCCUCACAUCCCGUUUCCGCUACACAUCAUCAACAAUGGCCGUACCACCCAAAUUCGCAGCUCACAAGCUGACCUUCGGAGCGGAACCCAAGCCCUCGGCCGACGGCGUCCCCGCGCAGCCGCACACCAUCGAGCUCUACCUCGACUACGUCUGCCCCUACUCCGCCAAGCAAUUCAACACCUUUUACAACGCCGUCGUGCCCGCCAUCCGCGCGAACCCGGCCUGGGCCGCCAACCUCGAGGUCAUCUUCCGCCAGCAGGUCCAGCCCUGGCACCCCUCGAGCACCCUGGUUCACGAGUCCGCCGUGGCCGUCGUCAAGACCGCCCCCUCCAAGUUCUGGGCCUACAGCGACGCCCUCUUCAAGGCGCAAAAGGACUACUUUGACGCCAACGUCGUCAACGAGCCGCGCAACGAGACGUACAAGCGCCUCGCCAAGCUCGCGGGCUCCGUGGGCGUCGACGAGAAGGCGGUGCUGGACCUGCUCGUCGUCUCGGACAAGCCCGACGCCGAGGGCGCGCUCAACGUAGGCAACGGCGUGACCAACGACUUCAAGGUGCUCAUCAAGCUCGCGCGGUUGACGGGCGUGCACGUCAGCCCCACGGUGCUGUUUGACGGGUACCCGAACAACGAGAUCAGCUCCGGCUGGACGCUUGACCAGUGGAAGGAGUGGCUUCAGAAGAACAUUGUCUGACUUGAAGGGCGGCGGGGUCCGGCGCGGGACCACCGGCUUUGAGACGAUGACAUGCUGUUUGGUGCUCUACUAGCUAGUAGGGAAUCUGGCAGGGUUUCCAGGUUGGAUUCUCAUAGUAGCGGUCUUCAGUCACGUCAAUCAUUUAACCUAGCAUAAGCAGCUUGAGUCCGAGAGUCAAUCAAAUAAGAAGAAAC